GGGAGAGCGGCUAUAGCGAAUGCCGGGUCCGGGGAGAGCGGCUAUAGCGAAUGCCGGGUCCGGGGAGAGAGGCUAUAGCGAAUGCAGGGUCCGGGGAGAGAGGAUAUAGCGAAUGCAGGGUCCGGGGAGAGAGGAUAUAGCGAAUGCCGGGUCCGGGGAGAGAGGAUAUAGCGAAUGCCGGGGUCCGGGGAGAUCGGAUAUAGUGAAUGCAGGGUCCGGGGAGACCGGAUAUAGUGAAUGCAGGGUCCGGGGAGACCGGAUAUAGUGAAUGCAGGGUCCGGGGAGACCGGAUAUAGUGAAUGCAGGGUCCGGGGAGACCGGAUAUAGUGAAUGCAGGGUCCGGGGAGACCGGAUAUAGUGAAUGCAGGGUCCGGGGAGA